CAGGACUUGAUCAAACUCCCCAUCAACCAUUAUAAACACACCAUACUGCAUACCAAACCACCGCAAGAUUAGACAUUAGGCUGAAGCAAGCUGCAUAAGGCCAUCGCAACUGGCACGUUGAAAGGACGAAUACAUUGAUCGACCAGCAAGUGCUUCAUGUCAGCAUUAGCCCGUCAAGAAUGCUAUAUGGGCUGCAAAAAGCUGUAUCCAGUUGAAAACCUGCCACCACAGAAAGCAGAAGAAAUUCCAAAAACUUGGACUCUAGGGGGACUUCAUCAGCGCGUUUGAAAAAAGAUUCAAUUCAAGACACCUCGGUUAAACUGAAGCUUUCUCUCGCGGAUUAUCAGCUGCCAUGAAGAAAACGAGACAAGUAGAGCCGAUCCUGGACUUGAGACUGGAAAAUAAAGUAUCAACACCAAAAAGUAUCACUCGAACUGGAAGAAGAACACAAAUGGCGACCAUGGUAGUUGUGAGCUUGAUAGGCAUGACUGGUCUGACGGUUCUUACAAUACUAGACGCUUUAAAAGCCAGUCAGGUCACUACAAAAAUCAAAACAUUGCAAGCUAGCAUAAACCUGAGCAUCGAAGUCGCGGGCCUCAUUCACAGACUGCAAAUUGAGCGAGGAACAAGAGUUUUACACUUCAGUUCAGAUCCACAACAGGGAAUAUGGCCUCGGGUUUUAGAAGCUGCAGAGGAAACUGAUGAGGUGGCCCAAAAUCUCGCCAGGUGGCCACAAGAUAAUCGUGAAACGUAUAAUUUUAACAGCCUGGAGACAUUUCUGGCGCUGGUAAAUAACCAUCGUAACUCUCACCCUUCCAAUAACAGCACAAUCAAAGAAGAAAUCACGUUUUACACACAAAUAAUUACAAACCUGUUUGAUUGGUCUUUCCGCAACGUCCAGCAAACAGACCAAGACAUUCUGUCGGACUACAUCGGGUACCAAAUGCUCCUUAUUGGCAAAGAAAGAACUGGUAUUGAGCGAGCUCUUGGAGGUUCAUAUUUCAGUCGAGGAUAUUUUCAAGAUACAAAUGAUUUACUCUGGUAUGCAAAGCAGAAUCAGCUGGGACAGGACAAGUUACAGACGAGCAUGCAACUUGUGCCGGAGAUUAAAACAAUUUAUAAUAAAUCUGUUGAAGCUUCUAACAGGACGAUUUUGGUUACUGUGGAGCAAAAAAGAAAAGUUAUCUUAGGCAAUAAAAAGCAAAACGCGUCAGUGGAGUUGGGAGUAGAGUGGUUUGAUAUCAUGACUGUUUACAUAAAUGCAUUACUUAAAGUUCAAAAGGAGGUCGGGACACUGAUCCUUGACAAACUUAAGGAGAAUGUAAGCUCAGCAGAGAACGACUCGAUACUUAAGUAUUCAGUUUUUGCCUUCGUUCUGUUGAUUAUGCCCUGCUUUGUGUUCAUUGUUUACACGAUCCAAAGAUACGCGAACAAACUUCAUCAAACAACGAAACAGCUGAAGGAAGAAAAACAUAGAGCAGAUUGUCUUCUUUACCAAAUGCUGCCGUAUCCUGUCGCCGAACAGCUCAAGGGUGGGCAGACUGUCAAAGCAGAGCAGUUUGAAAGCGUGACUGUCUUUUUCAGUGAUAUCGUGGACUUCACGCAAAUCUGUGCCAGUAUCUCACCCAUGGAGGUGACCCACAUGUUGAACCAACUUUAUGGAAUCUUUGACAACCACAUCGACAAAUACGAUGUCUAUAAGGUGGAGACGAUCGGUGACGCCUACAUGGUUGUAUCAGGCCUACCAGAGAAAAAUGGGCACAAUCACGUCACUGAGGUGUCCCUGAUGGCUCUUCAUCUGGUGGAGCUCAUGAAAAGUGUUCAUUUUGGCUCCGAUGACGGAAGAGAUCUCAGUGUAAGAAUAGGUAUACACACGGGUCCUUGCGCGGCAGGAGUUGUAGGGAACAAAAUGCCUCGCUAUUGUUUGUUUGGGGACACUGUGAACACCGCAUCCAGAAUGCAGACAACUGGAUUGCCCCAGAAAAUCCAUGUGAGCAAAGAUACAAAGGACAUGCUGGAAUUUAUCGAUGGUUAUCAUCUGGAAUUCAGAGGAUUAGUUGACGUCAAAGGCAAGGGUGCAAUGGAAACCUACUGGCUUUUAGAUAAUACGGCGCCGUGUGUUUCACAAACGAAUGAGAGACCAGAUGAAGCAAGUAGUCAUAGGUAUCAAGUUAGAAUCUGAGCUCGCCUUAACACCUCUCACACUAGGCUCCUCUCGGAAACACAAGUAGAAAGUGUUAGCUCUCACUCUUAUGACAGGUGAUCAAAAAAGUAAACAAGGAGGUUACUUUCAGAAGGGGUUCAUUUGGUCUUAAAGGUCUCUAUUCAAUUUGUUUUUACAUCUCAAUUUUUUUUAAUAGCUUUCACCAUUAAGGUGCGGGAUACACAAGCGAGGCUCCAAAUUAUGUGUGCCGUUAAGAGAGGCACUGUGUCUUGACCAACAACACAACGCAUUGACCCGGCCAGGUCUCAAACCCAGGCCUCUCGACACGGAGUCCAGUGCACUGAACAUAACGACAUAACGAUACACAAAAGAUGUAAAGAAGUUAUUUACGAUGAUACUAAUUUUUAAAAAAAAUCCAGAAAUAGACUGUAAAAGAUCGCAUUUGAUGGUGGUCAGUUACAAAUUCUACGUCUCUUUCCUGGUUGUUCAGGGUAGAAAAAAAAAUCGAAUAGAAAGUAUUUCAUCUAUCUGCAUCCUCUAGUAGGUAGACAGAUUAAAAUUUUCUAGAUCAAUUAUAGGGCUGGGUUGUUCAAGUUACACUUUAC